ACAAUCCCUGCCUCUGCUUACUUCCUGGUUCGGUGCCUUUGGGGUUCCAGCCAUGACGGAGGGCUCCGCGGAGCCACCUCCAUGCCCUGGGGCCCGGCGUCGUCGCCUUCUCUUGUCCCUGCCAAAUGUGUUCCCUGGCCGUUCGCGCUCCGUGCCAGAGCCCUCUGUUCCAUCUCCUCCCCCGUCACCUCCGCCUCCACCCCCGGUAGUGGCCUCAGUUCCUCCGCCACCUUCUUCUCCCGGAGGCCCAGAUUCGUAUCUGGAGUGCCCACUGUGCCUAGUCCGCCAGCCCCCUGAAGAGCUGCCCGAGUUGUUGAGCUGUCGCCACCGCUCGUGCCUGCGCUGCCUCCGCCAAUAUCUGCGCAUCGAAAUCACCGAAAGCCGAGUGAACCUACGCUGCCCUGAGUGUGCCGAACGCUUGAGCCCCCAGCAUGUACGGGCUAUCCUACGGGACCCUCCGCUCACCCGCAAGUACGAAGAGUUCCUUCUUCGACGAUGUCUUGCCUCUGAUCCGGACUGCAGAUGGUGCCCAGCGCCUGACUGCGGUUAUGCUGUGAUCGCCUAUGGCUGUGCAAGCUGCCCCAGACUUACCUGUGAAAGAGAAGGUUGUGGAACGGAGUUCUGCUACCACUGUAAACAUGUGUGGCACCCCAACCAGACCUGUGACAUGGCUCGCCAGCAGCGUGCACCUUCACUGGGGGUGCGCAGGAAGCACCCUUCAGGAAUCAGCUAUGGGCAGGAGUCUGGAUCAGCUGAUGACAUGAAGUCCUGCCCUCGUUGCAGUGCUUAUAUCAUAAAGAUGAAUGAUGGUAGCUGUAAUCAUAUGACCUGUGCUGUGUGUGGCUGUGAGUUCUGCUGGCUGUGUAUGAAGGAAAUAUCUGACCUGCAUUAUCUUAGUCCAUCUGGGUGCACAUUCUGGGGUAAGAAACCAUGGAGCAAGAAGAAGAAGAUAAUUUGGCAGCUAGGCACACUAAUUGGAGCUCCAGUCGGCAUCUCUCUAAUUGCUGGAAUUGCCAUUCCUGCCAUGGUGAUAGGGAUACCUGUCUAUGUUGGAAGGAAGAUCCAUGGUCGCUUUGAAAAUAAGAAGACAUCCAAACACAAGAAAAACCUUGCAGUAACUGGAGGGGUUAUCCUGUCAGUGAUCGCAUCCCCAGUGGUGGCAGCAGUUAGUGUGGGUAUUGGUGUUCCCAUUAUGCUGGCAUAUGUGUAUGGUGUGGUACCAGUGUCUUUGUGUCGUGGGGGUGGCUGUGGAGUCAGCACAGCCAAUGGCAAGGGAGUGAAGAUUGACUUUGAGGAGGAUGGACCUAUUACAGUGGCAGAUGCAUGGCGUGCAUUGAAGAACCCUAGUAUUGGCGAGAGCAGCAUGGAAGGUCUGACCAGCGUGCUGAGUACCAGUGGAAGUCCCACAGAUGGACUGAGUGUUUUGCAGGGCAAUUACAGUGAGACUGCAAGCUUUGCUGCUCUCUCGGGUGGUACCCUGACUGGCGGCAUGCUGAGUGGAAGCAGAGCCAAAUACUGCAGGCUAGAGGUCCAGGCAGAUGUACAGAAAGAGACCUGUCAGAAAGACUCUGUAAGCCUUGGAGCUGUAAGUGACAGUGCCAGCACCAGAGCUAUGGCUGGCUCCAUCAUCAGCUCAUACAAUCCACUAGAGAGAGAGGUGAAUAAUCUGGAGAUUCAAGUUCAUAUAGAGGCCAAACCAUCUAGGUACCAGCUGAUGAGUGAGAGCAGCACAGAGGAAUCACUUCAUGCCUCAGCCCCUCUUGUGGAAGGAGAGGAUGAUGAGGCCUGUAGGGACACGGUUGCCCCACGUGAUAUAACCUUGGCUCAGCCCGAGAGCAUCCGCAGUGACCUGGAGAGCUCUGAUGCCCAGUCUGAUGAUGUUCCUGACCUUGCAUCAGAAGAAUAUGACUCCCCACAUCUCCUUCCUCCCUCACCUCCAGAUGCCUGUCAUGAAAGCCCACAGCCUCGCAUGUGUGCACAUGAGGGCCUCUGUUCCCGUGAAGAAAGCCUCUCUAAAGUGGAGUUCAUAGAAGUACAAGUGUAAAGAAAUGAAUCUAACUACAUCUUGGACGACUUCAUUUUUUAUUUCUCAUAAUUUUGCUUUUCAAGUGGAGAUUUCGAGCUCUGCUGUAAGUGAACAGGAACAGUCUGUGCACAAUGCUGCAUCCUACCUCUCCCUCUUUAAAUGCUUUAUGUCAGAUAGACAUUAAUAUCUGUUUUGCCCACUACUUUCCUGUGCUCCACUCACUGUGAUGGGCCUGCGUCUUGCUCUUGUAAAUUCUUCUAAUUUAUUGUCUUUGGUUUGCUGUAUAGAAAAAUUAUUUGAUUUUAUUGAACAUUUUAUGGGGGGGGAUUUGGGUUUAUCAUUUUUUUUCCUUUGUAAGGAAUUGGUGAGCAAAUAAAACUGGAUGGAAAUAUUUUA